CCUUUACUUUUGGUUUCUCCUAUCAGACCAAUGGAACUAGGCAACUCUACAUCAAUUAUGGAACCCUCUAUUAAUCCAACUUUUAUUCCAACUAUAGCAAAUGAAGGAGGAAAACACUGGACUGUGCCAGAAGUCAGGGCUCUAAUUGGCAUCUGGUCUGAUAUAAGUAUACAACAACAACUAGAAGGAACAGUGAGAAAUAAAAGGAUAUUUGAACAAAUUGCUGCCAAGCUUCAGAAAUCUGGAAUAGAGAGAGACUGGAAGCAGUGCAGAACAAAGUACAAAAACUUAAAACAUGAAUACAAGAUUGUAAGAAUGGCUCAAGACCAAGGCAUGACUAAGAGUAUGAAAUUUUUUACUGAGUUGGAUGCUAUUCUGGGACAUAAUAAAACAGAAAAAUCACAACAAUGGGAAUUCCAAGAUGAAGAACAAGCCACCGGAUGUGCCAAUGUAAAAACAGAAGAGGAUCAGACAGUCAUUGCUGGAGAUGCAGCUGAAGAUGACUUUGUCAGUAGUAUGUCAGAAGACCUAAGAGAGGGAGAUGUAAAACAAAGUCCUGGUACAGGUAAAACAGUAUUUUUUGUUUUUGUGUGUGUGAAAAAAUACGUAAGAUGUUAUUAUAUGAUGCUGCUAUGGACUGAACUGUGUCACCUCUAAAGUCAUAUCAACA